AUGCCUUGUGCUGGACGUAGUCUACAGACACUGACUUCUCAGGGGUUGAUGGAGUAUUGCCGUUUCGAGAAUUCCGCCGCGAGCUCAUUGGUCUUCAAGACCGCAGUCACUCAGGCGCUAACCACAACAGGGCUUUCUCCGCCCGCUAUGGUUGCCGCCUACUAUAGGAGGGACGGCCAAGAAGUGGGGAGACUUCACUUAUCCAGUAUUCAUACAACACUGGCUACGAAUUGGAAGUCCAGGAUUACUGUACGAUUCGAUUUCAUCUACGGUGACGCUUCAGACAGUCGUGUGACAAGCAUUGCUCACGCUAAACGAUGUCCACAUGACUAUGAAGAGGCAACCAGCAAAGGGCCGCAGGUCUCCGUUCCUGAACCCGAUCCUCUGGUGUCGGAGCGACUGCCGUCUGACCAGAUGGUAACCCAGAUCCACACCUCAGUCUCGCCUGCUCCGCGCAGCCCCAUCAACGAGCCGCCUGCAAGCGUGUAUGAGAUUGCUACUCCUACUCACACUCAACACUCCCGGACAAGCCCUACCAAUUCCCCGACUCUUACUGCCAACCAAGUCGAACAUCACCGCAGCCCGGGAGCUUCAGGGCCCGAGAACGAUGAUGGUCCUGAAUUCAUAGGCCAUCUCAACCCUGAGGGAAUUUUCGUCGCCUUAAACCGUCCAGGUGCUCCUGAUGCGUCUCAACUCGAUGACUCUCUUGGGCUUUGGGUGCCCAGAACGGCAGACACAAAAACGCUACAUAACAGUCAACCGUCGUCGAAGUUAGACCUCCACCCCAAAUCAACUUCGGCCGCGAGAGGUAGUGAUGCGCCGACACCGUCGAGCGUGCAGUCCAAGCAGCGAUGGCUUGACGGAGACGUUCUCCCAGAGUCGGAGUCAUUCGCCGCGCUCCGGGAGAUAUAUCUCAAGGAGAUCCACCCGUUAUUUCCCAUCUUCCAGCCCGAAGCUAUACCAACUACAUUUGCAAGAAACGAGCUGGGACGCAACGACACCAUUGUGGUGCUUUCAGACGGCCUCUGGACACCAGAACUGUUCGCCAGGCGCCUCUCGCAAACCCUGGUUAGAGCCCUCGAGACGGCAGGCAGCGCCGACAAACUGAGGGCCGUCCGCGUCUUCACGGUCCUAUCGCUGUUUUCGCAACUAUCCGCAGACGACCAUCCUUCAGCAGAGUACUGCGCCAGAGCGGUCAGCUACUCACAGACCCUGCAGCUACACCUCGAAACCGCACACGUUCGGAAGGACGAUGCGAUGGCGGUGCGGCUCUUCCUCUGCGUCUGGGCUCUCGAUCGUCUCAACGCUGCCUUCCACUCGAGACCUGUGCUGAUUCAUCCCUGUGACAUUGGCCGGAAUAUGGAGGCUUCGAUUUCUCAGCAAGACGACGGCUUUCGCGUAUUGUUGGUUGUCUGUGGUCUUCUCGAAGAGAUCACCGACCUGUAUCGGCCCUUUCGAGAAUCAAGAAAACACAAGGACGAUCUAUCGUUUCCCUCCUUCGAAGAAUUGGUUGUUAGAGCCGAUGCGGUACGGUGCCAGACUCAUUUGUUAGCCACGGUCGAAACCCUGUACCACUCCGUCGCCAUGCUUUCCCAUCGCUGCAACUCCCUACAGCAUCCGGACCGCUCUUCUGUCUCGUAUCUGCGGGCGAACCUAUCCGUACCUCGCCUCACCACCAUCAUGGGGAACAAUCUCGGCGCUAGCCUCUCGAGUUUCCCAUUUGUCCCCUACGCCCUCUCUCUCGCCCUCCGCGUAUCGUAUCGGGAGCUGCGCUUCAGCAGGAUUCCCCUGCACCGGUCCAUGGCGCGUGACCAGCUCCUCGGAAUCUGCGGUCUUCUCAAGCACUUCGCCGAUAGCUUCGGCUUUGUCCGGAGGCUCGUGGCUCUCGCCGUCAAGACAGUCGAGGAGAUGGACAGGGUGGCGGCAUCGGUGUUGGAGGCGCGUCACGACAGGCAUGAGCGAAGCACGCAGGCGACGGUGCCCCCUCUAGAUGGAGAAACGCAUCCAAGCUCGGCGAGCUACGGCUCCGCAAUGAGCAGAAACGGUCCUACCCCUCCAGCCAUGCAGGCUGAGGUAUCGGAGUCGAACAAUACAGCCGCCGCCGAUCCCGAGCGCUCUCAAACAUUGCAAGAUCCCCAGUGCGAUGCGGUGCAAUACACCGCGAAAAACUUCCCCUCGGUCUACCAGAUCCCCGACAUGCCAGAUAUAUUUGCGUAUUUCGACCCACAAUUCAAUCUCGACGCAGUAGACCUUGCGCUGAUGCAGAACGAUGGGGGAAUUGCGCUCCCCGGCUCUGGCCUCAGCCCUGAGGAGGGGUGGAUUCAUGGCCCCGAGGCAUCAGACGUGCUAGAGACAUGUGUCCCACCAUCCGCGACAACGUGGCGGUUUUAA